UGAAUGACUAGUCUGACAAGGCAUAACAACUCUGAUGUUUGAGACAGCAUACAAUGUGGGUUCUAGCCUAGGUGUGUUAGUAACGAGCAGGAUGCUUUAAAAGCUUCUGGCUAGAAAAAUAUCAGCUCAGAGGACAAAACACCCUUCCUUUACAAGACAGAGGCAAGAAACACCAGCUGACUGCUGUUGCAAGGAGUAGGCUGCCUUUAAAAAGGAGGCAACAUGACAACUUCAGAUGCUGAUAACUUUUAUUAUAACUUCUCCAGCACUGAUUCCUACGAAGAUGGAAGUGAGAAUCUUCAGACAUUUACAUCAGUCUUCCUGCCUUGUGUGUACUCGGUUGUUUUCAUCCUUGGGCUAGCAGGAAACGCGCUGGUCUUUGUCAUACUGGUUUUCUAUGAGAAACUGAAGACACUGACAGACGUGUUUUUGGUGAAUUUGGCAAUAGCUGAUUGGGUCUUCCUUUGGACGCUGCCGUUCUGGGCAUAUUCUGCUGGUCAGGAGUGGACUUUUGGCACCACGGCCUGUCGUAUUAUACGGGGCUUGUAUAUUCUGAACUUGUACACUUCAAUGUUAACCCUAACAUCCAUCACCUUUGACAGGCUUAUUGCUAUUACUUUUGCCACCAAAGCACAUAUGUGUCAAACCAAACGAAUGACGUGGGGCAAAUUAGUCUGUGUUUUGAUCUGGGUGAUCUCCCUAGCAUUUGCCACACCACAGUUUAUUUUUAGUAAGGUGUUUAAUAUUGAUAAGGCAAUAUGUCAGGAAGAAUACCCAAACCAUGGCACAGAACUUGCUCUUGAAGUGAUCCAAGUGACCCUUGGCUAUUUUAUUCCCAUGCUAGCCAUGAUAAUCUGCUACUCCCUAAUUAUUAGAACCUUACUGCAUGCCAGGAGUUUUCAAAAGAACAAAUCUCUAAAAAAAAUAUUUUCUCUUGUUGCAAUAUUUCUUCUUACUCAGUCACCCUAUACUUUCUUGAGACUGAUAAAGAUCAUAAACUGGAGCUUUAAUUUGAACAGCAGCUUUGAAUAUGCAAUCAUCAUAACAGAAGCUCUUGCUUAUUUCCAUGGCUGUCUUAACCCUGUUCUGUAUUUCUUCAUGGGGGUGAAAUUCAGGAGGAAUUUACAGAAAAUUAUUAAAAACUCAAGCUGCAUCAAACGGCAAGUUACAGCUAAACAAUGGCAAACCACUGAAGAGGAAGGCUCUAAGACUUUUACUGCCUCAAAUAAUGCAGAGGCAACAAGCAUGUACCCACUAUGAAACUGCCUAGAAAAUCUGACAAUUAUUUACAGCUUCUUUUUUGUUUUCGUUGUUGGAUUUUUUUAUAAAUACUGAGAUAAGGAAUCUGCACGAAAGAGGAAAUACAAGCCCAUUAGUAAAGACAUUGUGAUUGGCUUUAGGCCAACCUAUCUUAAUCAUGAUACUUCAGUGCUUCCUGCUUUUCCUGGUCAGAGCUGAUCCUAAGACUACGCCGGUAACUGAGUUAACUGUGUAGAAAAUCUUCAAAACGUAUAAGAAACAACGAGAUAAAAUGCCGUUCAUCACGAUAUAAGGCUAACUUGGACUUCUUGACUCCAGAGGGGCUGACAUUCACCCACCCUCUGGCCUGCUGGUUUUCUGUGAAAGGUGUUGAUAACAAAAUCAUUUACGAAUUUUGUUUCAAAGAUGUAUAUUUUAGUUUGGCUCAUUCAUUUAAUGAAAAUUUGUAGAUUAAAAACAUACAUGUGUCAAUCUUCAUGCUGGGCUUCUUGUGUAGUUGGGUUUUUUGUGGUUUUUUUAUUUAUUUUUCCGUUUGGGAGAAGGUCUCCACACGCGGUCCUUUAGCAUUCAUCUGAAAUUUCGGUAAUAAAGCAGCAUUUUC